AUGGCGCUGGGUGCAUGGCUUUGUUCUCAGUCUGAUGAACAGCCCCACGGCUCCGAAAAACACCUUGAAAAACACUUGUAUGUUUACCGACCAUAUAACGGGUCACCAACGUUUCAAUUACGACUAAGGUUUAAGGUUUUGCACAACGAUACCGACGACGAUACCGACGACGAUACCGACGACGAUACCGACGACGAUACCGACAACGAUACCGACAACGAUACCGACAACGAUACCGACAACGAUACCGACGACGAUACCGACGACGAUACCGACAACGAUGCCGACGACGAUACCGACAACGAUACCGACGACGAUACCGACAACAAAACCGACGACGAUACCGACGACGAUACCGACAACGAUACCGACAACGAUACCGACAACGAUACCGACAACGAUACCGACGACGAUACCAACAACGAUGCCGACGACGAUACCGACAACGAUACCGACAACGAUACCGACAACGAUACCGACGACGAUACCGACGACGAUACCGACAACGAUACCGACGACGAUACCGACAACGAUACCGACGACGAUACCGACAACGAUACCGACGACGACAACGAGACUAACGAUAACGACGCCAUGGCUAUAACAAUACCUCGACUAUUGGCGUGA